AUGGACGACGCCACUGAUUCCCAAAGCCUACUGCAAUCCGUGCUUGGGUUAUUCGCUCGAAAACGACCGCAAAGGUCGGCAAAGCCGGCGUCACUGAGAUCGCGAAAACGCGAGGCCUGGCUACGGACGGAUGCAUUUCUGCAGCGCGAUGAUAUUGGCGAAGCUGACCCAGAGAGCGUUGCAAGGACUCUGCGCGCAUUUGAACAUCUUGUUCAAGACGACUCUGAUCGAGAGAUAGAUUUCUUCGCGGAGCAGAGCUUCCAACAACCCGGACAUGAGCGGUAUCCAAAGCUUCGCCGCAUGAUCGAGAAUCAGAAUCGCCAUCCGCAUGCCGACCCAGGCACUGUCAUUCGCGCUAGUAAACGGAGACGAGAAUGCGACGAUGCCAUUCAGGAACUUUUGCAUUUGGAACAGGAGAGAAAGAAACGCCGGGUUCUGCCUCAUGAAGAGCCAAUUCAUGAGUCCAAUCUCGACGACCCCGAUGCCGACUUCGCCGUGCUGAUGAGGAGACAUUUGGUGUCCUUGGACAAUGCAUUGCGAAGACACUGGGUUUGUGUUUGCCAGAAAUGCUCAGGGUUGAGUGUGAGACUGUCGCCGCCACGACACAAAAGGGAUCUCGAGGCUGAGGCGAGUUUCGAAGUAUUCUUCGGCGUGCGGUCCGUACCUGCAACUGCAUUGCAAGAAGCUAAAAUCACGGUCAAAGACCUACACAACAACACAUUGAGGCGCUCAUCUGAGCCUAUAAUUAGCAGCCCACCCGACUUUGCCCACAUAUGCCAAAGCAUCACAGAGUCCCUCGAUCAGCGAAAUUGCUUGCAUUUCGCUCUCCAGGAUGGGAUAUUUCAGAGGCUUCGCCCGCAACCAAAGACAUUUGGUAGUGACCGAAUGUCUCAGACAGUCUCCUUGUCGGCAUUGUUCACUCGCCAGCAAGAAUUACUUCGUGGUGAAUCGGUACUGCCACUCAAGGGGAAGCGAGUUUUGGCUGUUACACUGGCUUCAGCACUACUUCCCUUCUUGGAGACACCGUGGCUGCAGUUUUCCUUCAAUCACUCAAAGAUCCAGUUUUUUGAGCCACGGCAGGAUGGAGAACUCCCCAACAUCACGGAACCUUUCCUGGCUCUGGAGCACGUUCCAAUCAUGUCAGCCCGCAGUACAGACACUGGAGACAGCUCUGGCGCCUCGAAACACAUGGUUCAUCCCAACGCUAGUGUGCUAGCGCUAGGCAUACUCUUGUGCGAGCUUCACUAUUGUACACCUGUAGAGCUGAUGGCAAAAAUCCCGCAUGUCGCCAGGAACGUCAAUGAUGAUUUUUAUACCUGUCUCGAUAAGCUUCAGACUCUGGAAGACGACGCUGGCGUGGAUUACUAUCUCGCUACGAAGGCAUGCCUUACUGGGGAGUACUAUCCCCUUGGACAGCACGCUGACUUCGAGGAUGUCAGCGUUCAGCGGCUCUUCUACCAAAACGUCGUCAAACGACUUGAGGCCGUGAUAUUCAAGGCAUGGGGUAUUCGAUUAGAGAACUUGUGUUCAUUCGAUUCUCGACAGAAUGAAUCCUGCUGGGGCUCUAUCGGUCGAGAAGUUGUCCGCCUCUAUACAGGCAAGGUCGAUUCCUCUAAUGCAAACAAUACAGCAAGGGCAAGUCCGCAUCGUUCAAUGCCUGACACCGCGCCCGUGAAUUACGCAUCCCUCCGCUCAGAUAUCAUGCUACGGAUAUCGGCACAACCUUCUUCGGGAUCGCAAGCCCACGGACACCUCGCCCAGCCUUCAGAGAAUAGCUUGUACUUUUUUGAUGCAAGCCACCAGACGGGUCUUGAACAAGAGAAUCCACUCUCGGAAAAAUGGCUGGACAAUCUGCUGUCCUCGAUCUAUCCCUAUGUUGACCCUGAUUUCGACCUUGCCGAACCGGUGCGAAUAGCGAUUUUGGACUCCGGACUCGACCCCGAGAACCCAUUCCUGGUCGAGGACCAACAACGGGCCAACCCACGAAUCAAGGAAGCACGAAGUUUUGUACAUGGAACAGGACCGCACGACAUUCGAGACGAGAUCGGGCACGGCACUCAUGCUCUUGGCCUCCUUCUCAAAGUUGCUUCAGGCGCUGAGAUCUAUGUCGCCAGAAUUGCGCGACGAGAGACUCUGGAUCCCAAUACCUACGAUGACAUUGCAAAGGCAAGGCUGUCUCUAUACCAUAGGAGAACUGUUGGACUGAUGGACAUUAUAUCGAUGUCAUUCGGGAUUCGUGAAUAUCACGAGCUCAUGAGCACAGCUGUAUCUAAUGCACUGAACAAGCGGACGUUGUUGUUCGCGGCAGCAUCGAAUGAUGGAGCAAAUCUUGGCAGAGCUUUUCCAGCUCAAUAUCCCAGCGUCUUUUGUAUACACUCAACCGAUGGAAAUGGCAAUCCCUCCAAUUUCAACCCUACAGCAAGCGAAACGGACGUCAACUUUAGUCUACUUGGGGAGAAUGUCUCUUCUCACUGGCCGGCUGGCAUGAACGGACACGAUCAGACUGUCAAUGUUAUGUCAGGAACAUCGGUCGCAACACCGAUCGCCGCUGGCCUGGCCGCAAAGCGAAAGGCUGGGACCGUGGCUGAAAAGGGACAAUUCCAUGGAUGCGGUCUUCAAAAGUAUGGUCCGACGGAGGCGGGGGUAGGCUACGACUACAUCACGCCUCAUGUGCUCUUCGAUAGCGGUUCGACAAGGGAGGAUGUUUACGGGAGAAUCAAGGAUAUCAAAAGGAACAUGUACAAAUACUAG